GAGAGUGGUCAGUGUGUGUCCUACCCAUGGCGUCUCUACAGGUGUUCAGCACGAUAUGCUUCGUGUCAAUAACACAGACCCUCGCCAGUCAUCUGCUGUACGCACCCCACAGCGUCCAUGACCAUUACGCCCACCCAAACUAUCUAUUUAACUAUGGCGUGAACGACCUGAAGACUGGCGACAUCAAGUCACAAUGGGAGCACCGCGACGGAGACAAGGUGCGAGGCCAGUAUAGCCUUGUGGAGGCGGACGGCUCUGUACGGACUGUGGAGUACACGGCAGACGAUCACAAUGGCUUCAACGCCGUAGUUUCCAAAACAGGCCUGAACUUACAUGCCGUCAAACCGGUUGUAACGGUUGCAAAACCGGUCGUGCCGGUAGUCCCGGCAUACAAACCGGUUUACGCCCCUACUGUUGUGCACAAACCACUCUAUCCAGAAGUUCCUUACGUCCCUCCCACAUUGGAACCUGAUUUUCAGCCUUUGUAUCCUUCAUUCAGUAAGCCUCUCACUCCCACCCUAACGGAGUUUAAACCGUUCUCUCCUUCUUAUCCUGACUAUUUUGGAGGCUCCGUGGGGACAUAUCCUUUUCUGUAUUCGAGUGGUCUGUACCCAAACAUAGAUGGAUUUAAGUUCGAGUUAUCGACUCCGAAGCCGAAGGUCCCAUCCGUGAACAAUCCUGGACCAGUUCUCUUCCCCAAGAUUCCGGGGGAAGACUUAGAGAAUCCUCCUCCUGAUCAGACUUCAGGAGUUGUCAUUCCGAAAGAGGUCGUCACAGUUAGCAGAAAACCCAAAGCUUUCAGGACUCCUGUGAAUGUCCGAAAACACCGCCCAUCCUCUGGGAGCCAUUUGUCUCUUUCCUCCAGCAUAGGAUAUUCCUAUCCCAAGCCCGCUGUUCGAUUGUAUCACUAGCCUCUCUUAUUCCUCGGUAGUAGAAUCCAAAGUCUAGAGUAAUGACGCCAUAUCCUGGUUCCGUGACCUCAUUGUUGAUCCCUUCUCUUCAAGUUUAGUUAGUAAUCGCAAUGAUUAGGUAAUAUUGACACAGAGAACGCUACACUGGUCAAAAACCUUGGUUCGGUAAAAUUUAUUACCAAAUAUUGCAAUAAAGAUGACUGUAACUUUCACCGAUGGUACAGAUAUUUGAGAUAAGUGUCAGCUGAAUCGAGCAGUGCGAGCGUUUUAAUAUAAUUUAUUAUUUUAAAAAUGUAACUCGUUAUCUACAACUGAAGGUUUUACACCGUACACAUUUUUCUGCCAGUUUAAUUAAUGCUUGAUAUUUGAUUAAAUUCUUUGUGAAAAGAAUAACAUUAAUACCGAAAAGCAAAUUCUCAGACUACAUUGAAAUAUUGCAGUUUAUAAAUCUUCAUAAAUGACUGAAUCACACAGAAUAAUGAAUAUUUAGUACUAAGGAAUAUUUUUCAACGAUUGAAUAAAUACUCGUGCUUCUGUAUUCAGCAUUGCGCAACCUCACUUGUUAUGCAAAUGUAUUUAAACAGUAAGCUUCUCGCAAAACAUUUCAACGGUCACGUGUAAUACAUCCAUGUGCACGGUGAAACGGUUUGCGUUUUUGUUAUUUUUGUUUUCCGUUUUCAGAUAAAAUUUAAAGACAGGAUCGCUUAUAUUAAUUUGCAUAUUAAUGAACAACGGUUUAUACUGUGUCAGUUUGACAGCAAUUUGUAAAGCAUAAUUAGUGAGGUGUGGAAAACUGCUUAAAUACUCAUCUGCCGAGUACAGACACUGUACUACACGUAGACUAACACUACUAGAUGACACGACAGCGACACAUGAGUACAAAAUGAUGUACAUGAUGUAUGUACAGUAGGAAAAUGGAUGUCAACUAAAGGAUGCACGAACUGCCACAUUCGCUAUGAAACAGUAGAAAUCCUCGUAACCUGCAGUCGAGCUCCUCGUCCUCCAUUACAUGGUUCAAUAAUACAGGAGUGUCUCGCGGGGUACGUUCAGUCAGGGGUUUGACAUUGUUUUCUCAUGUUUUAUGCAAAACGUCCCUUGCGACAAAGGUAAUGCUUUUAAGGCAGAAUAUCAGAUUUACCCUUUUAUGCGAAGCAUACAAUGCGGUUUCUCCUUCUCCCGAGAACACUACGAGGAUUAAUUGUCUUACUCAGAAAAACGUGUUUUACACUCUUUUUCGGUUUUAAAUAAUUAUUAUCAAGAUAUAUUCUUUAAAGCUGUUGAGAGUUUGCAAUCACACAACAAAAUAAAUUACCGUACGUCAUAUUAGUGCUGUUUUAUUUUCAAUGGGAUGUACUACAGCUCAUAUUUAAAAUUUAGUUUGAAAUGAACUAGCAGCUUAGAAUAUUUUCUAUAUUGAUUUGUGAGUUAUUCUAAAAAACUGUUUUGCCUGCCAAUAAUUAUUUUCUCAUUAAAAACCUGUACGAUGAUGUAGAAUGUUAGUAAGCAGAUCAUACUAGUACGCCCAUGAUUUUUUUAUUUUUCAGUUCAGACAAUUCUACUCGUGUUAGAACCUGAGAACAUGUCCGAGAUACAGUGUAUUAGCUAAAAGUAUUCACAUUACUUGAGUGAAUAUUUGCAAUGUUGGAGAAGUAGAUUUUUUUACACAGUUUAAAUAAAUAUUUAGUAGGAACUAACAGUAAUUACAAGAACGAGUACCUGUUUUACAGUUACUUAAUACAAUCACUGGUUAACCCUUUCCAAAGCAUAGCUCUAUAUAGAUACAUCAUCCCGACUGCCUAAUUUCUAAGAUGUUAACCACUAACUGUAAGUGAACAUUUAAACCCAGAGUUCUUAUAACGACGUUACUGUCCCAAUCAUGUGACUAUCGGUAACUUGCUCUGUAGGUCUUGUUUGAAUAGAAAUAUUGUUAAUGACCAAGAAAAAAUCUAAUUCACAAAAAUAUUUUAUUAAUAGUUAAUUUACAUAAAUAUAUGAAACAAAGAAGUAUUUAAAGAAAGAAAAUGUAGUAGCCUAAUGAACUGCUUUUGAAGAAUACGUGCUUUUUCGCAAUUCCAAAUAAUUAUUAUGCAUUUCAUUAUGUACAUAUUUGAAUGUAAAUCCUGUGAUUGAAAAUUAAAUAUGAGAUGAACAGUAAAACUCAUCCAAUUGUAUUGCUUGCGGUAAAUGAGUUGAGUAAUUUAAGGAAGAAAGAAUUAUUAGAGAAGCUAAUGAAGGUAGAUAAGAUGAUACUCAGGAGAGGCUGGAUAGUCUGAUAGAAGCCGUGGCCAUAUUUAUAUCUCCGGUGAAAAGCUGUGAAAGUGACAAUUCCAUAGAUCGAGCACACACAAGCACGCUCGCUCCCCUUCUCUUGGUGGUAGAAUGUGUCAAGUAAUCCUUACUGCUUAUGAGUACCUUACAUUCAUGUUUUUAUAAUGAAAAUGUAUAAUGAAAGUCUAAGGAGUAAUAAGCAGACAAGUAGGCCUACUGUUUCCUAACGUACUACUCUGUUUCUAUACAUGAAUAUACCUGUUUAAGAAUCUGUUAAAAUCUUUGAGAAAUGUCAUGAGUUUUUUUAAAUUUUAAGCAUAGUUUCUGAACUUUAAUUAAUCGUGUGUUGUAGUAAAUCCUGCUAAUAUUUAUUUACUACAUUAGUGCUUUAUAACCUAUAACAAUCAAAAUUAUUUGACUAAAAAUGUAACACAAAUAAAAAAUGUUCUUCUGGAAUCUCAGUUGUAGCGUUCUCGUUAUUCGUGUGUGUAAAAAUGUUAACUUAUAAAUUAAUUCAUAGUAUAUUGACAACUUUUUUACUUUUUAAAAUCUAUAUUUUAAUUAUUAAAAAUAAUGUAGCCUAAAUACUAAAUAAUGUCCUGGAGAUGCAAUAAUAACAAUAUCUUGUUGUGUAUAUAUUUUAUUUACACUUUAAGUUAGGAACUAUGUAUUAUCUUAACUUAUAGAUGUCACCAAAGAUGUAAAGGGAGGCACAGAACGUUUAGCAUGUUUCCUUUUUGUAUAAUCUGUACUAUAACUAAAUAUAAAAAUUUAAAAUAUUUUUCAACAUUCUAAUCUGAUAUUGAACUAAGAGUAGUUGGAAAACCGAAUUACAUCCUCCCAAUGUAAUUAUAUCAGAGUAAAUGUUCAGGAUGAAAAUUUAAUUUAUAAUCGUGCUGUUUAAUUUUUGACAACAUAAUGUUGCUAUUUGAAAAAUUAAGAAUAACGUAAUGCAUAUGUGAAUAAUAUCAAGUCUGAGUCAUUUAUGGUAAUAAUUUGGUCUUUCAGUGCUACCUCCCUCUUUUGUGCAAUAUUGUAAUUUAAUUAGUUGUAAGUUAUUAUUGGUAGUUUAGGUCCUACCUAGUCUACGUAAGUUUCUACUUUAUUUUGUGUGCAAUAUCUAAACCAAAAGUGAAAUUAGCAUAAGGUUCUUCAAUUUAUAAUAGAGUAGAUUAUACUUGUUGUUUUAUUUUUAAAUAUUUUGUAUUUAAUGAAACCUGUUUUAAUAAUAAAUUGUUUCGUUACAA